CCUUUGGGAGUCUGACUGCUGACUACUGGGUGGCCCAGCAGGCUCCUGGGACCCAGUGGUAGCUAGCUGGUCAUAACUGUAGACUGGAGGCCUGUAGACUCUAGGCCUCCAGGAACUCCUGACAGACAGAGCAGGAAGAAGGGCUGGAGCAUGGCGUCCCACGCAGCAGAGGAUGGGAACCAGACCUCCUCUGGGAUGACGGAUGACUACAGCAGCUGGUACAUCGAGGAGCCUCUAGGGCCUGAGGAGGUGCAGCCAGAGGGGGUGAAGCCACCUUGCCAGCCCAGUGUACCACCUGCCCUGCACCAUGCCUGCCUGGCCUCACUGUCACUCCUGGCUCUGCUGUUGCUGGCUUUGCUGGUGAGGCGCCGCAGGCUUUGGCCACGGUGUGGUCAUAGCAGGCCCGGACUUCCCAGCCCUGUGGAUUUCUUGGCUGGGGACCGAUCCUGGACGGUGCCCACUGCUGUCUUUGUGGUCCUCUUCAGCCAUCUCUGCCUGUUGCUUCCUGAUGAGAACCCACUGCCUUUCUUGAGCCUCAAGGCAGCAUCCACCCCAGAUGGGGAGACGGAGACACUACGAGAGCCCUGGAAGCUACUGGCCCUGCUCUACUACCCAGUCCUUUAUUACCCUCUGGCUGCCUGUGCCACAGCAGGGCACCGCAUGGCAUACUUAUUGGGCACAGUGCUAUCCUGGGCCCACUUUGGAGUUCAGGUCUGGCAGAGAGCCGAGUGUCCUCAGGACCCCAAGAUCUACAAGUACUACUCCUUGCUGGCCUCCUUGCCUCUGUUUCUGGGCCUCGGGUUCCUGAGCCUUUGGUACCCAGUACAACUGGUGCAGAGUGUCCGGUACCGGAUGGAAGCAGGUUCCCAGGGUCUGCAGACCAGCUACUCUGAGAAGUAUCUGAGAACUCUCCUCUACCCAAAGAAGCUGGGCAGCUGCUCCGGUCCCAUCUCCAAGCACAGCCUCCUGUCUCGGGCCUGGGCCUGCUCCCAACACUCCCUCUACACUCCACAGCCAGGAUUCCGUCUGCCCUUGAAGCUGGUGAUCUCGGCCACUCUGACAGGAGCAGCCACUUACCAGGUGGCCCUGCUGCUGCUGGUGAGCGUAGUGCCCACUAUGCAGAAGGUAAGGGCAGGGAUCACCACGGAUGUCUCCUACCUGCUGGCUGGCUUUGGGAUCGUGCUCUCUGAGGACCGACAGGAGGUGGUAGAGCUGGUGAAGCAUCACCUACGGGCUGUGGAAGCAUGCUACAUCUCGGCUCUGGUUUUGUCCUGCUCAUUGACCUUCCUGCUCCUGCUCCGCUCCCUGGGGACUCACAGGGCUAAUCUUCAAGCACUGCACCGAGGGGCUAGCAUGGACCUGGGUCUCCCGCUUCAAAGUACUCACCCAUCUCGCCAAGCCAUUGUCUGCUGGAUGAGCUUCAGUGCCUACCAGACAGCCUUCUGCUGCCUUGGGCUCCUGGUGCAGCAGAUCAUCUUCUUCCUGGGCACCACAGUCCUGGCCUUCCUGGUGUUUGUGCCUUUGCUCCAUGGCAGGAACCUCCUGCUCCUCCGAUCCCUGGAAUCUACAUGGCCCUUCUGGCUGACUCUGGCCUUGGCUGUAAUCCUGCAGAACAUAGCAGCCCACUGGAUCUUCCUGGAGACUCACCAUGGCUACCCAGAACUGACCAACCAGCGCAUGCUCUGUGUAGCCACUUUUCUUCUCUUCCCUGUCAACAUGCUGGUGGGCGCUGUCGUGGCCAUCUGGCGGGUGCUCCUUUCUUCCCUCUACAAUGCUGUUCACCUGGGCCAGAUGGACCUCAGCCUGCUGCCACCAAGAGCCGCCUCCCUGGAUCCAGGCUAUCACACAUACCGAAACUUCCUGAGGAUUGAGGCCAGCCAGUCGCAUCCAGCAGUCAUAGCCUUCUGUACUCUGCUCCUUCAUGCACCAAGUCCACAGCCCCGACCCCCGCUGGCCCCCCAGGACAGCCUCAGACCAGCAGAGGAAGAAGAAGGGAUGCAACUAUUACAGACCAAGGACCUGAUGGCCAAGGGAGCAGGACCCAAAGGCAGUCGGAGUAGGGCCCGCUGGGGUCUGGCCUACACUCUGUUACACAACCCAAGCCUGCAGGCCUUGCGGAAGGCAGCCCUAAGUGGUGCCAAGGCCAAUGGCACCCAGCCCUGAGGGUGAGGAAAACCACAGGGUCCUGCUCUUAUGUGCAGAGGCACAUUCCAGCCUACCAUCCUCCCUCCCAUCCAUGUCAGCACUUCCCCUCCCCCAGCGGCAGCUCUGCCAAGCCAGCAGAUCCCUGUGGGAUCAGAGAACUGGAGUCGCUGUGUCUGCACCACCAGCCUCAAGAGGACUUUGGUCUGUGCUUGUCCGCCAGGCUACCAGCUAAGGCUCUGGAGAAAACAGCUGGUGGGGUCUUAGUCCUGGAACUGGCAGAGCUGGGGUAGCCACACUAAGGCCUCUCUCUCCACACUGGUUCUGCCACCAGCCUGCUGGGCCUCAGUGAGGCUCCACCUUGCUCCCUACUGGUGAUGAAAGGUCUGGAUUUCUCCCAUCCCAGCUGGCCCCACCUCAGUCCCAGCCCUCCCACCAUGAAGGUGGAGUCUGUGUGGGCUUCUUCUCGGCCCCAGCUUUCUCCUUCCUCUCUCUUCCCCGCCACCCUUUCCUGUGCAGCCAAGUCAGACUCCAAGAGGCCCCACUGAGCUGCCCAUUCCAAGAGCUACAUAUUUUUGUAGCUUUAAUGCCGUUAGCUGUCAUGAAAGAAGUUAGUGUGCUCCAGGAAAUAAAUGUGCCCCUGAAGAACGUUCCUCCUCACAGGGGAGGGCUCUCAGGGGAACCACCUACAUUGUCA